AUGGGUCCACGUGGCACCCCCAUUCCACCAUCUUCCCCAAUACAUGAUGGUCCUACCGCUUCGCUGUCUCUUGCCCCUGACCCCGCUCCGCAAAUCAAGAAAUUGGAGAUUGAUACCGACACACCCCGAAAAAAAAUCCUCUCCUUUCGCUUCUCCGAACUGUUCUUCGAUCUCGGAAUCGUGGGUCGCUGCGAGGUUUCGACGAUCGCGGAGAAAGGUGCGAACUUUGGAGGACAUGGGCAGGUACGGGCACUUGAAAAUGAGGACGGAUCGAGAAGCGAGCGACCAGAUCGGCUCCGAUCUGGAUGAGCUCGGCGCCGCCGCGAAGAAGCUCGUGAGCCACGCCAUCAAGUUGGGGAGCCUGGGGUUCGGGACUACGUUUCUGGAAUGGGUGGCUUCGUUUGCUGCAAUUUAUUUGUUGGUCCUGGAUCGGACCAAUUGGAGAACGAACAUUCUCACAGGAUUGUUGAUCCCAUAUAUAUUCUUUAGUCUUCCUUCACUAUUGUUCGACGUAUUCAGGGGAGAGGUAGGAAAGUGGAUUGCCUUCAUUGCUGUUAUACUGCGACUGUUUUUCCCUCGGCAUUUCCCAGAUUGGCUGGAAAUGCCAGCUGCUCUGAUUCUAUUGAUAGUGGUGGCUCCGAGCUUAUUCGCAAGCACCCUCAGAGGCAGCUGGAUCGGAGUGGUGAUAUGUCUUGUUAUCGCAUGUUAUCUUCUACAAGAGCACAUCCGAGCAUCUGGUGGCUUUAGAAACUCGUUUACACAGCCGCACGGCAUUUCAAACACCAUAGGAAUACUUAUCUUGCUGGUUUACCCUGUGUGGGCAUUGGUGGUCUAUUUUCUAUAGCCAGUUUCAGCCGAUCGGCAUUGUUUUGGCAGUGUGAAUCCAUGUUGCUUCUUUCUUUGUUUGUGAAGAUAUUGAUUCAUGCAGACUUGUUAUUGUUGCUUAUUAAUGCAAUAGUGCGAAUAUCCUUGUUUUAAGACUCAAAUCAAUCACGUAGAUGCGGAUUACUUUUC